GAUAAAUUCAUAUAACAGAAAUUGAGAAGUAAUUAAUUUUCUCUGUUAUGAUUCUUUUAUAAUAAUUAUUUAACCAAUCAAUCCAAUAUUUAAUAUUCUUCAUGAACUUACGUCAUUAUUCACUGUCGCUGUCAUAGAUCAGCUGACCUGACACCUGAGAAAUUCAAAAACCGAAAUUGCGAAAUGUUUAAUUUUACUUUCUAGGUUAUAUUCACAAAAAAUAUUUGAGCUGGGCCUAUUAGAUCCAUUGAUUACUGAUAAAAUUAGUGCUUCUUUUAUAUUAUUUCCAUCAUGUUAGAUGGAGUGAAGCAUAUCAUCCUUAUUCUUUCUGGUAAAGGUGGUGUAGGUAAAAGUACAGUAAGCACUCAACUAGCAUUAGGUUUAAAAGAAAGUGGUUUCAAGGUAGGUCUACUAGAUGUGGACAUCUGUGGUCCAAGCAUUCCUUACCUACUGAAACUCGAGGGACAUGAAAUACACAAAUGCCCUGAAGGAUGGGUGCCAGUUUACACUGACGAAGAUAAAGCUUUGGCAGUCAUGUCUAUUGGUUUCUUGUUGAAAGAUAGAAACGAUGGAAUAGUUUGGAGAGGGCCAAAGAAAACAGCAAUGAUAAAAACAUUCCUGUCAGACAUUUACUGGCAGGACGUUGAUUACCUUAUUGUGGAUACUCCACCUGGCACUUCUGACGAGCAUAUAACAGUCAUGGAAAAUGUCAAGUCUCUUCCGUGCGAUGGUGCCAUAUUGGUGACCACUCCUCAAGCCGUUGCCAUUGAAGAUGUGAGGAAGGAGCUGACAUUCUGCCGUAAAACCGGCAUACCUGUUCUAGGCAUUGUGGAAAAUAUGAGCGGCUUUGUUUGUCCUUCUUGUCAGGACUGUACAAAUAUAUUCUCAAGCGGCGGAGGUAAAUCUCUCAGUGAGCUUGCGAAUGUGUCUUUCCUUGGAACGCUACCAAUAGAUCCAAAUGUAUCGAAAACGCCUGAACAGAGCAUAAUUAAAACAAUGCCAGAGUCGCAAACAUCUGCUGUCUUCAAAUCGAUCAUCAACAAUCUAACUGCACAUAAACCAACGAUUGCCGAAUCUUGAAUUUUGUACUAGUUUUAUUAUAAGUUGUUUGUUAAUUGAAA